AUGGAAUGUUCAGAGGAAUGGAUUGGAGUAAGAGGAACGUGUUUCUAUUUUUCUGAUGAUACCAGAAAUUGGACAGCUAGUAAAAGAUUUUGCAGUUCACAGGGAUCAGAACUCACUCAGAUUGAUACACCAGAGGAUAUGAAAUUUUUGAAGAAGCACACAGGAAAUUCUAUGUACUGGAUUGGAUUGAGCAGAAAACUAGGAGAAUCUUGGAAAUGGACAAACGACACUACAUUUAAUGCUUGGUUUGAAAUUAGUGGGAAUGGAUCCUUUGCUUUUUUGAAUUCUGAUGGAGUCUACAGUUCCAGGGGAUUUAUUGAUAUCAAGUGGAUUUGCAGCAAGCCUCGGUAUUUCUUACUAAUUUUUGUCAAGUUUGCAAUCAAAGCAGGUCCAAAGAAUGAAUACUAUCACACAAUACUUUAG